AUGUCCGGCCAACACAGUUAUCCUCACCACUCCACACGCGCUGGCUGCGUCAAACACAGUAUGUGUCAGCAAGGCGUGCCAAUGACAUUGGCAGGAGUCAGACGUCCCAGGACCAAUUGUAGAAAGGGAAUACCAUGGCGUCGGUUCUUUCGCUCACUAGCAACCUAUCUCAACCUUAUGGUGAUAGUGGGCAUAUGGAUUUCGGCUCGAUAUCCAACGGGAAGUUUGGCGGUAUCUUCGAGCGAGUGGGCUCCCAAUUUUCUACACGAUGCAUGGGGCAUUUCCUUUAGUGCCUCACUUGUGUCUCAAAUUUUAAUUAUCCAGAGUAUUGUGGAGAUAGAUCUCUGUGGAACUCGCACAGGAUCGUGUAUGGCAAGAGUGAAAUAUUUAUACCUUUCUAUGGGCUUUCCUUGA